AUGGCACCUAUUUACAUUCCUUCUGCUUGUUUUCUUCUGCUUUUAAGUUUGCCACUUUCUAGUGCUCAUCCGCUUCAGAGUGCUUCCUUGACCAGCGAAGAUGUAGACGUCUUAAAGCUUCUGCUGCGCCAGCUGGAAGAAUCAUUCCCUACUCAAACCCAGGUGCCUGAGGUUGUGAGCCUGGACGACACUGUGCUCCCAGAGGAGGAGGUCAUCCCCAAGCUUGAGGCCAUCGCAAGGGACUUCCUGUCUGCUCGUGACCUGAAGUCAGUGCGUCAGGACACAGGCUCCAGAAAACACUCGGGCUGUUUCGGCCGCAGACUGGACCGGAUCGGCUCCAUGUCCACCCUGGGCUGCAACAUCGUUGGACGCAAUGGUGAGUAA